AGAAGGAAAAUGUGGGUUCUGGAAGGGAAUGGGUACUUUUGGGAGCAAUGAAACUAACAGACACUGUCCCACUUAUCUGAUCAAAAACUAUGGAAUCCAUCACAAGACCAUUGUUCAGAACUGAACCAGACAGACAGAGAUGACGGUGGCACAGGUGGAGGGCCGUUGCUCACAUUGCCAACUGACAUGCAAGAAUCAGUUGUGAUGGUUUAGCAACCAUGACAUGCUGCCAAGCAAGCUCCAGUCCAUGACAUGCUCCCACCCAAGCACAUACUUUUGUUCAUGUUCGAGACCUUGAUGGCGAGUCAGUAUUCGAAUUGAGCACAAGUUUGUGGAGUAAGUCGGUUGCAAAUGUAGAAACUCUUCAUGUGCUCUGUCUCAAGCGGACUGAGGAACGAGAAGAUUGGAUCGGUUAGUCAUCAUGAGCAGCGACCUGAAGCCUGGUUUUGUGCGCCAGGAAGUGGCCAGUGAGUGUGUGUAUGAAGAUAGAAGCAGUAAUCCUGCAAGCGCCAAGGCCAUCCCCUUUGCAGUGGUCUCAUGCUCCAGCCAGGAUGAAGACUUCCCUGUAAGUGAGCUGAACAAUGAUGCGUUAGGUCGAGGUUGGCAAAGCUCAAGAUUCUGCUUAUUCCCUCAAGAAAUAGUAUUGGAGUUGCAGCAUCCAUCACGAAUCAUUAACAUGCAGUUGCUCUGUCACGAAUUUAUGAUCCCCUCUAAAGUGGAGAUCUUUGUGAGCAUGAUUAAUCCACAUGUUCACAGUAGCGACACAGUUGGGCAGAUGAAGCGCCUUGGAUACUUCUCAUUAGAUCCAAAUGAUCGAAGCAACCAUCAGGCAAGAGAACUUAAGAGCGUUUAUGUGGACUCUUCAGCAGCAACCAUAAGAUUACUUCUACACAACUGCUACACCAAUAAAUUGAAUAUCUUCAAUCAGGUGGGUUUAAUGGCCGUCAUCAUUACGGGUGAACAUCUUGGAGGUCAGCAGGGCGAGUAUUUCAACCAGCAUGAAGUUACAAAGUCUUCUCUCAUAUCCACCAUUCAGGUUGCACGCACGAAGGGGAUGGAUACCAGAGUUUCGGCUCCAAGUUCAAAAGCAGUUGCUUUUGACUUUGCUGAAGUGGAUAUUGCCUCAGGAGCUCGUCUUCGUCAGUUGUUUCAAGAUAAAGUCGCCGCAGUUGGAAAUGAAGACUAUGACGAAGCCAAGCGUUUGAAGAAAUUGAUUGAGAAGUUGAAAGAGCUGGGAAAGAAACUGAAGCAGUUUGAGCGUCGGAAGUUUGCAGCCGUUGAAGUGGAGGACUAUGACACUGCAAAGCUCUGCAAGAUGGAAAUGGAACGGUUGCAACGCGAUGAGGGUUUACUUGAUCAUGAACAUAUAGUCAGACCUAAAUUUUCAGACAGGUUAGAGAGCGGGAUUGCCACAAAAUUACCAGACAACUUGCAAGAACGAUCGUCGUGUGAGGAGACGAAAGAAAUAUGGAUGCAAACAGUGAAAGAUUUGAACAAUGCCGUCAAACUAAACAGACGUCUUGAAGAUCAUGAAAAUUUGGCAUCCUGCGAUGGGAUAUUAGAUUUCAAACCUGCUUAUUCUUCUUUUAAGAUUCAAGAAAGGGAUUUUGAAGUGAUCUCAACCUCCUCAGUCCUGUCAAAUGAAAAGCCAAAAGAAGUUAUUCCGGAGAUCCUUCCAUGGUAUCAGGACCACAGCAUCCUCAAUACCUCAGAGAUUUCUCCUCCGCCUACUGUGAGUCAAGCUCUACGAGCGAUAUCCUCCCGCACUUUGCCACCUUUGAUGAAGCUGCAGAAUGUGAUCAGUUGUUCACCAACUCCUCUGAUAUGUGGAACAAAUGAAAACGGAUUUUCAGAUAAAUACUUGCCGGGAGUUAACGUUGCAUCAUCAGAUAUGCGACAAUCAGUACCUACAUCUGCAAAGCUAAUCGCUUCGUCAAUGUCGUCAUCAACAUUUUGUGCUACUAAUACAACCCCUCCGGCUGAUCUUUCAGCGAAUGUUCUCACUCACCUACAGCAGGAGUUACCUGUUGCUACAAGUCCAUCGCUGUUAACAUCCUCGCUAGUAUCGACGUCCAACUUCAAUGAGGCUUCAUUCACGCCACGUUUGGCGCCACUGAAGCUACACCUGGCCACCUCUCCAACAGGAUUGCUCAAUUCUAGUAACCAUGAACCUGCGACCACUACUACAACCACUGGAACUCAAUACCAACCUGAAAUGCCACCACAUCCGUCACUAUUGCCAACCUCACCAAUGCAGGAGGAGUCUGUUUUAUGCGCUUGCCCAAGUACAACACCAAGGGUUUCCGUGGAUUCAAAUGCUGAUCAUAACUCUGAGGGCUUGUUCAGCUCAACACCUGAAUCUCAACAGUACCAUGAGGCAAAUACGACGCUGAUGGUUCAAGAGCAAACAUUGCCUGUUCACAAUGGAGACGUUCCGAGCUCUGUUACAGCUACUGGGAAUGAGUUAGUACCAGAACCACUAGCAGACAACGUGAAAAUGGAAGCUGGACCUUUAUUAUCUGUCAUGGACUUUCACCAUGUGGAAUGCUUGUUCAGCAAGCAUUGGCAAUUGCGAGAUAAAGCUCUUCAGUUUCUUAUUGAUGAAGUGUCCGCAAAUAAAUUGUUGGAGGAACCUGGCCCUUCCUUCAGAAUGAUGAACAAAGUCCUACUUCGGACACUCAAUGACAGAGUUGCUAAUGUAUUCAACACGUCUCUGCAGCUUUUACGCGCCGUCAUAACAACUUACACAUCGACAGUCCCACAUCGAGACCUACACAUUGCAUCAAGUGGAUUUACAGUUAUUCUUCUUGAGAAACUCGGGGACCUCAAUGCUCGGACGAAGGAAGGAUCCUUCGAGACACUGAUGUUUCUCGCAUCCAGAAAGGAAAUAGGAAUCAUGGUGCUCUCUGGGCCUCUGCUCAAACUGCCGAAAAAUCAGGCCAAUUGGAGGCCAGUUUUGGGCCGGUUGCAACUGCUUCAACAUGCCGUACCCCUCUAUGGAAUACAACCUCCUAAUGGGACUGGCUUUCCUUCGGAUGCUCUCAUGAAUUUUGUCAUCCAAGCCUUCAACAACCCGAAUGGGGAAGUUAGAAACCAGGCAAUCAAGGUGACGACGGAGGUCUACAGAUCUAUAGGGCCUUCUGUGGACAAGUACCUCAAGGGCAUCAAGCCUCUGAUUAAAGAGAUUUUAACAUCCAAUUUUGAGAAAGUGGUCUGCGAAUUCAAGAACGAGGAAGGAAAAGAUAGAUCAUUUACCCCAGACGAGCCUGGAAAGUCCCAGAGUGCUGGACCUAGUAGUGGUGGACUCCGACCUAUGAUUCAGGAUCAUAUUGAGGAACUCGAAUCUGGUGAUAAGGGGAAUAAACCCACUGCCUCUGCCAGCAUGUCAAAAGGUUCUGCAAUCAUAUCUGCGCUGUCGGGGCAGCUGGAGCAGAAAAUUGAAGAGCCUGAGACUCCGAUAACUUCGAGGGAGUUUCCUUUAAAAGGAUCACCAGACUACUACCAUGCCAAUUCAUACACGAAGGAAACUAAGUGGGAGCACAUCCAAAAAAACGCAUUGUUGGUUGAAGUAAAUGAAGAUUUGACGGAAUCGGAAGCUGCAUAUGAUUAUCACUCAGUGCAAACUCACUCAUCAGAUGAGGUGGCUUCCCCUGACACCCAGAAUGCACAGAAUGCAGACAAUUCUUCCGUGGACAAAGACGAAAAUGUGGACUCGUGCUUGUUCUGUGGCAAACAGGACGCUCGUUUCAAGGAAGGCGAUAACUUGGAUCUCCACUUUUGUGAGCAGUGUCCCAUGCUUGCAAGCUGCAGUAGUUGCGGGCAGAUUGUUGAGAUAUCAUCAUUGAAGGAUCACUACUUGUUUGAGUGCGUGUCAGGAAGGAGGUAUGUUGAAUGUCAAAAGUGCUACCUAGCUAUUCCAGAGCUGCGACUCGCAGCGCAUCACAAGAGCAAGGACUGUAAGAUGAGUAAACAACACAAACUUUUAAGGUGUCCACUCUGCUAUCGAACAGUGCAUCCUAGUGACAAAGGCUGGCGUGAGCAUAUUCUGCAACAGCCUGGCUGCCUUCGAAACCCCAGGACGUCGAUUUAUGCAAGUUGAACUGCUGCGCCAUAAAUUCUGAACUUCCCAGUGAAAAACGGAACUGAAGUCUGAGUCAGUUGACUGCAUGAGGUCGGUGACUGUCUAGUGUAUGACCCUUUGGAUCGUCGGUGGGCUGAACUGAUCCACAACGGAGUUCAUGGAUCCACCGACGGAUUAGUAAAAACUCCAAGCUCUAAAAACUGUCGUUCAAAUGAUGUGCAGUGGUGAUCAACUGUUCAGAAGACUGUUAUGGAUCAUAUAUGUUUGUGUGUGUAUAUAUGUAUGUAUAUAUAUUCAUACUGGGUUAGGUUUCAAGUCCUCAUUUUGCAGGAUGUACCCACUCAAAUCUUACAUGGAAACCUCACAAGAGGCACAUGGUCUCA